AUGCCCUUGGCGAGCACUCCUAUUGCUGUAUCGACUUAUUUUACUGAAGUGACUGCAAAUACUAGCAACGUCACUGACACUAUUCCAAGAACUGCCGUUGCAACAGAAACAAGUCUGAAAAUGAACGACUCUUCCACGACUACAGAUGCCUCGUCUAUGAGUGUCGCUAAUGCCGCUCCUGUAAACACUGCAGUAACAAAACAACGUAUUGCCAUUGCUCUAUGGAACUACGACGCGCAGGAGGACAAUGAGCUUUCGUUUGAAGCUGGAGACCGCAUCAUCAUUACAGAGUUUUGCAAUGCUGACUGGUUUGAAGGAUCGCUGUGUUCGGCAUUUGGAUUCUUUCCAGCUAAUCAUGUCAAGGUCUUGCCUGAAGUUUACAAAUACUGGUAGUUUGCGCGACCUGGGAGCUGAAUCUAAAGACACUUUUCAAAGUUUAGAUCUCUUGCCAGAGGUUGACAGGGAAGAAGACACUGACAAUGAUACAUUGGAAGUAUCCCGUAGUUUAGGCCGCAGUACAUGCGUUGAAUAUCAAUCUGAAGAUAAUCUUGCCGAUGAUGGAUGGCAUGUUGUCACCACUGAAGAUGGGCAAAAAUACUAUUGGAAUUCAGCUACUGGAGAAACGUCUUGGAAUGCUCCAUAUGGUGACACUCCAACAGCCUCAUUCGACAAUCUAAGCAUUCAUGAUCGACCCGAAAAGGUGCCUACUGUUGGCAUACAAAAAGAAUCACUGGAUUCAUCACGCAUGGUAUCUCAAAGUCCCUCUCGAGAUACUGCAUCGCAAAGUGUAGUGCGUGAAAAUCUGAGAAUAACAUCAGCAUUGGCACAGAUUGAAACUGUGGUGCCCGAGCUGAUUCGCAGAGAGGGCUGGCUAGCAUACAAGUCCAGAAAGGAGUUUGGCGGAGUUGACCCAAAAAGAACACACUCUUGGCAUAAUCAUUGGGCAAUUGUAUGUGUUGGGUUUCUCAUUUUUUACAAAGAUGAGCCUGCUCGACUUAAAAAGAGAUCAGAUAAGGGUCAUAUUGGACCCUCACUGGUAGUGACACUUGAAUCCAUCACAAUUGCUCGUGAAAAAGAUUCCAACAAGAAAAAGCAGACAGUUUUCACCAUUCAAACACGAAGUGGUGCGGUUUGGGCACUCCAGCCCCAAAAUGAGUCUGAAGUCAAUGAAUGGGUUACUACCAUAUCCGAAGCAACACGAGAGGCAUCAACUGCUGCCGAGUAUGAAAAUGUUACUGAGAAGCUGUUUGCUCAUCAAAUACCUGAAGAGGUUAUUGUGGAGCCCAUGUUUAAAAAGCGCUCUGAUGACAAACGUCUUAUGAAACACGAUUCAAAAAAGAAAGAACGACUGCCUAUUGCGGGUGAUACUGAAGAUGGUGACUCGGGAAAUAAGGUUAAUAUCAAGACGAAACUAAAUGCGUUUUUCAAACGGCAACAGGAGAAAGGGUCGCCAAUUCGCGAUACGGACAAAAAGGAAGAUAGUUGUUCAGAUGGAGCUAUUUUUGGCGGGUUUUUGGAAGUUCAGGUUGCAGAAGAAGACAAAAGUAUUCCAAGCUUUGUUGAAAGAUGUAUUUCGACAAUUGAAAGUAGAGGGUUGAAUUCGCAAGGAAUUUAUCGAUUGUCCGGAAAUGCAGCUACUAUUCAGAGAAUCAAGACACAAAUUAACCAAAUGGAGCCACAUACAGAAUUGGACGACGAUGGACUUGAUCUUAAUGCCAUUUCCGGGUUAUUAAAGUUGUAUUUUCGAGAACUCAAAGAUCCACUUUUCCCCUUUUUAUUCUACGAUCGCUUUAUUGCAUGCAUGAAAAUGGAGGACUACAAUGAACGCUUGAUAGAAAUUAAAAAUUUGAUUCAAGCGUUACCAAAAACUCACUACACGGUGCUCGAAUAUCUAAUGCGGCAUUUAGUCCGUGUUGCAGCACAUAGUGAGACUAACAAAAUGGAACCAUCCAAUCUGGCAAUUGUAUUUGGACCAACUAUUAUUCGCGUGCCUUCAACAGGAAAUGACGAUAUGCAAGCGGCUUAUGCCAACAUGAUGAACAUGUCGUUUCAAAAUGCACUUGUAGAAGCAAUCAUUAUUCAAGCAGAAUGGAUAUUUGAUGGAUCACCGCAUUAAAAAGUUGAAUUAGUCCAUUGUUAUACAAGUCUACUUUGA